CGCCAAUUUGCGUCGUGCUCAGGUCAGCUACAUGGCCGAGGAGCGCCGUUGUCCGAAGAAGAGGCCAUUGGAGCCGGAUGAGGCCGAGGUCGCAAACAAAAGAGUCGCAGGUGCUCAGAGGGCAUUUGACAUGCCAGAAACCCUGCCGAGCCAGAUUCCGGACACAACAAAGGUUAAUGAGACGUCGUCUGCUAAUAUCCAGAAGAAGUCCGCCACGAUUGAUGACCUUCCGGAUGAGCUGGGCCACCAGAUCUUCACCUAUCAUAUCCCCAGUAUCAGAGACGUUGACACAAUCUCGAAAGAUUUCCCUGCUGUCAAAUCUAAAACGCUGUCGCUGUGGUGGGCCCGCACCGAACGCUUGGACUUGAAGUGCCUGUACAGUCUCUGCCUUGCCUCGACCAAAUUCUGUCGUGUCGCUCAACCUCUUCUUUAUCACACGUUCCCAUAUGCAGGCGACGACUACAAGCGAGAACAAUUCCUACGCACCGUUAUUCGUCGACCGGAGCUUGCCUCUCAGGCCGAGAUAGUACGAUGGUCCUAUGGGGGAUUUUCAUAUCCGUCGCGACGACAAGAAAUCUUACUCUCGCGCAUGACAACCCGUUUACAGAAAAGACGAAUUAAGGAAGCCCUCGAUUCCGAUGUUAUACGGGCCGCCAGUCGAGUGAACGCAUCAGACUGCGACAACCUCGUUGCACGCCUGGAGAAAGGCAAUGAUAGGGCGGAGGUCCUGCUUCUGCUCAAUCAGUUACCAAGACUUACGUACCUGAACUUCAUUCUAAAAGGGAAGCACGGAUGUUGGAGUCUUUGGUGGACAGGGCCUAAAUUCUUCAAUCAGCCGGCGUUGAUGACCCUUCUGAACUCAGAUCCUAUGGCCAUGCCCUGGAAGCAACCAUCACUGCAGAGAUUUGUUGAGGACGCCUCCCUGAGCACGAUGCGGGUUUCCACUUCCAAAAUGGCCGAUCUGCACCCGCAAGAUAACCAAUAUACCUCUGGAGUUUCGAAUCUCUCUACUCUAUCCCUCACAGAUUGCAGAUGGCCCGAGUGGAUGAUAUGGAGGACGUUGCGCCCCUGUAAAGCUCUCAAGCAUUUGACCAUCUUGGGAAACCGAUGCGCGGACGUUCAUUUUGACGGUGCCAACUUUGUCAACGAGGAUAGUACCGAGUCCCUAAAUUUCCGCCGAAGGCUAAACUCCAUCAGCACUGUAAGAGACACACUUGAAACCCUCACACUGGGAAAUUUGACACGCUUCUCGGGCGUAGACUUUCCAAAACGCUGGAUGACAAUUGCGCCGAUGGGGAGCUUCGUAGAGUUCACUGCGCUCAAGAAUCUCAGGAUCCCAGCGCCAAUGCUCACGGGAAUGUCGUAUCGCGGAAAGGGCGUCACCGUCAAGUGGUCAGAUAACGCUGGGCCUGGAGAAAUCUUUCCCGCGUCGCUCGAGACACUUUCGAUAGAAAUAGUGGGGCUUGUCGGGGAAGCCAGUUCUCUCCGCGCUUUUUUGGCGCAAAAGCUAGUCCGAGAAAUAGAUUCGGUCCCGCGACUUGGCAGGGUUAAUCUAGUCAAGGUGGCACCUGUUCCCGUGCGGAGCAUCCAGAGCAAGGUUGUCGACAAGGUGCUGGUUGUGCUGUAGAACCUCCCGUUUGAGGUCAGGGUUCUAGCGGAGUAGGGAUCUGACAGGUUGCGCGUCCUUGAUGUCGCAAGACAGACGGUUCGAAUGCAGGUGUGCGACGGCCAGAUCAAAAUGAAAAUUAUUGCGUACGGUGUACAACGGGUAGGACGGGAGCGCAUCACGUCAGAGGGUCG